ACGAUGUACAGUACGCAGAUUACUCGUAUCUCUAAUUUUUAAACUUACAAAUUAAUGAUACAUAGUCCGUGUUGAAUAAUUUUUCAAUUCUUGUUUCUAACGAUCGGAAAAUUAAUCCUGAGCUUUUUUGAAGAGACUAUUUCUGUAAAAAUUAUGAAACAAUUUGUCAGGAAAAAAUGGAAAUAAGUAUUAUUACUUUUAAUUUCUGAGGAAAUAUGGACUAUUGAAAAUGUGGCUGCGACCUACUACGUAUUGUCAUCGCUUUCUAUCAAAGAAAGUACAGCUUUUGUCCAGCAGUUCUAAUGUCUUUAUUAAAGCAAAUUCCUUUUCUAUCAAUAAUGAUACAUUUCCAACAAAUGCUGAUGUUGUUGUGUGUGGAGGAGGUGUUAUGGGUGCUGCCGUUGCUUAUCACCUAGCUUUAGCAGGGUGGGGCGAUAGAACAAUUCUUAUUGAGAGCAGCAGAUUUGGUGGAGGAACAACUUGGCAUGCAUCAGGCCUUAUAGGAGCAUUUAAGCCUUCGACAGCACAAAUUAAAUUAGCUCAAGACAGUAUUGCAUUAUAUAAAGAGUUAGAAAAGAAAGGAUUACCUACAGGUUGGAAACAAUGCGGUAGUUUAUCAUUAGCAAGAACUGGGGAUCGUAUGACUGUUUUUAGAAGAAUGAAAGCUUUAUCAAUAUCACAUAAUAUAGAGUGCCAUUUAGUAACUCCAGAUGAAGCUAAAGAAUUAUGUCCUAUGCUCAAAGUAGAUGAUUUAUAUGGAGGUUUAUGGAUUCCUGGAGAUGGCGUGGGAGACCCCUAUCAAAUAUGUUUGACUCUUUUGGAAGAAGCAGUUCGAUUGGGAGUGAGAACAUAUGAAAACUGCAGAUUGUUACGUGUAAAAAGUUCAAAUGAAAAGAUUUCAUCUGUUGAAACGUCUAGAGGUUCUAUUGACUGCAAAUAUUUUAUAAAUUGUACAGGAUUUUGGGCUCGCAGCGUUGGAAAGUUAAGUGAGCCUUAUGUUAAAGUACCUCUUCAUCCAGUGGAGCAUUAUUAUCUUCACACAAAAGUUAUUCCUGGUUUAGAUCCAAUGACACCAGUGGUUCGAGAUCUAGAUGGAUACGUAUAUUUUAGAGAAAACGCCGGACGAAUCUUAGCAGGUGGCUUCGAACCUGUUGCAAAACCAGUUUUUGAAGAUGGGCUUAUACCAGAAAAUCCAAACGAUCGUUACUUACCACCGGACUGGGAUCAUUUUCAUGGACUUUUCGAGCAGAUGCUUCAUCGUAUGCCAGCUUUGCGCAAUGCAACUUUGGAAAGGUUGUGCAACGGUCCCGAAUCUUUUUCACCUGAUUGCAAGUGGAUUGUUGGCGAGGCACCGGAGAUACGAAAUUACUUUGUUGCCGCUGGCAUGAAAACGAUUGGGAUAUCGGCGGCCGGUGGAGUGGGCCGUGCUACCGCAGAAUUGAUAACCCGUGGAAUUGCUUCGUUGGACCUGUACGAACUCGAUGUGACUCGUUUCUUGGGAUUGCACAACAAUCGAAAAUUUUUACGCGACCGCGUACGAGAGGUACCUGGUAUGCAUUACGCUUUGCAGUAUCCUCAUCAUGAAUUCAAAACUGGCCGUAACUUGCGAAUGUCGCCGAUCUAUCCAAAAUUACGAGAAGCCGGUGCCGUCUUCGGCCAAGUGAUGGGCUACGAGAGGCCUACUUGGUUUCAAUCUAGCAACGAAUUCGAAAUGGAUUCACUGGAUUCAUCGAAAAAGUACAAAAUAGCUUACACUAAUACGUUUAUGAAGCCACCGUGGUUUGGUCAUGUGGAAAAAGAAUAUGCCGCUUGUCGGGAAACCAUCGGUUUGAGUGACUAUUCGUCCUUCACGAAAAUCGAUUUAUGGUCUAACGGUCUAGAAGUCGUAGACUUUUUGCAGUACUUGUGCUCGAACGACGUCGACGUGCCAGUAGGAAGCAUCAUACACACGGGCAUGCAAAAUUAUCGAGGUGGCUAUGAAAACGAUUGCAGUUUAGCCCGGAUUACUCACAAUCAUUACUUCAUGAUUGCACCAACUAUUCAACAAACGCGUUGCAAGUACUGGCUCAAACGUCAUCUGCCUGCGGACGGCUCUGUUGCUGUAUCUGAUGUAACAUCGGCUUACACAGCCAUAUGCAUUAUGGGACCAGGAACAAGGCAGCUACUGUCCGAACUCACCGAUACCGAUUUGAAUCCUAAAAAUUUUCCAUUUUUCACAUUCAAGGAGCUCGAUGUGGGCUUAGCCAACGGAAUCAGGACUAUGAACUUGACGCACACAGGAGAACUCGGUUACGUAUUGUACAUCCCAAAUGAGUUUGCUCUUCAUGUAUAUACUCGGUUGAUAGAAGUUGGUGAAAAGUACAAGUUGAGGCAUGCUGGUUACUAUGCCACGAGAGCUUUGAGAGUCGAAAAGUUUUAUGCUUUUUGGGGACAAGAUUUGGAUACUUUUACAACUCCUUUAGAAUGUGGUCGUGCUUGGAGAGUGAAAUUUGAUAAAGGAGUAAACUUUAUUGGAAGAGAUGCGCUAUUGAAACAAAGAGAUACAGGUGUAACUCGACAAUAUGUUCAACUACUUCUGAAUGAUCAUGAUCCAGAUAUUGAUGCCUGGUGUUGGGGUGGAGAGCCUAUCUACAGAAAUGGGCAGUACUGUGGCAUGACUACUACAACGGGUUAUGGCUUUACCUUUAAAAAACAGGUGUGCUUAGGUUUUGUGCAAAACUUAGAUUCCAAAGGCGUCGCUCGAACUGUUACGAAUCAAUACGUCCUUUCUGGCGAUUACGAGGUCGACAUCGCUGGUAUUAAAUAUCAUGCUAAAUGUCAUUUACACAGUCCAAAUUUACCAACCAAGUUCCCUGACCAGGAGCGAGAUUCUUAUCACGCGACUCGAGGUCAAUUACAGUCAACAUAAUUGAGUUACGAUCGUAAAAAUCGAAUAUUUUUAUACUUUACUGACUGAUGAUUGUUGUUUGUUUCGAUUCACGCAUUUAUAAAAUAUUCUAACAAAAUGAAUUGUUUGAUCAUUUACACCCUGUAUUAAUAUAACUUGUAAGGUUAGUUAUAUUCAAUGUAAAUAACAAUUAUUGAAUGUAGUACUUUUGUCAAUGUGGACUUUUUUUGUGUAAAUAUAUGUUUUAAAUUUUUUAACGGACUGCAU